AUGUUUACAGUUAAUAGAGUUCUACAAGUUGAAGCCAGAAAUAUGGCAUCUACACACAAAUUUCAUUACAACAAAAAUAAAAAGCAAGAUGCCUGGAAUGAAAUCGCCAAGUAUAUUGGGACUCCUAUUGAUAUAGUAAAGUUAAAAAUUAAUUCUUUGCUCUCCUCAUUCAGGAGGGAAGGGAAAGAGCUAAAGAAAGAAAAUGGAUAUUUGGCUGCUGGCUCUAGCAUGAAGAGCUUAUCUUAUAAUUAUAGAUUGGGAUUAAGCACUGUAUCAAAUAUAAUCAAAAGUACAUGUUCAGCUCUUUGGAUAUCUUUUAACAAAGAAUAUUUACCAAUUCCCGACAAGGAAAAAUGGCUCAAGAUAGCAACAGAUUUUGAGAUGAAGUGGAAUUUUCCCAACUGUUUGGGGGCAAUUGAUGGGAAACAUGUCAGAAUACAAGCACCUCCAAACACUGGAUCGGAUUAUUAUAACUACAAGGACUUCUUCAGCCUCAUAUUGUUGGCAAUUUGCGAUGCCAAUUAUUGUUUUACAGUCAUAGAUAUAGGUGCAAAAGGUAGGCAAAGCGAUGGAGGGGUUUUCCGAAACAACAACUUUGGAAAACAACUUUUUUCCAAUUCACUUGACUUGCCUCCUCCAAGAAGACUUACAAAUGAUGUACAACCAAUUCCCUAUUAUAUAAUAGGGGAUGCAGCAUUUCCAUUUGGAACCAAUUUAAUGCGGCCAUAUCCAGGGAACUUCCUCCCACAAGAAAAAAGGAUAUUUAAUUACAGGUUAAGCCGAGCAAGAAGGGUGAUUGAAAAUACAUUCGGAAUCCUCGUUUCAAAGUGGAGGAUUUUGGAAAGGCCCAUAAUAGCAAAAUUAGAAACAAUUGCAAAAAUGAUUGCAGCACUUGUCUGUUUGCAUAACUUUUUAAAAAAAAGUGAUGCAGGAAAAUCUGAGAAUAACAAAUACUGUCCUUCAAGUUAUGUAGAUCAGGAGAAUGAAGCUGGUGAAGUUAUAGAAGGGGAAUGGAGGACUGUUGUAGGAACCGCAUUAAGCCGAACAGAGAGAUUCGGGGGAAAUUCAUAUAGUCAAAGAGCAGCUAGUAUUCGCUCCUUACUUACAGAUUAUUUUGUGAAUAUUGCACCCAUACCUCCUCAAUGGACUAAAUAA